AAUGGGAGGCCGUCCUGGCCAGGGGGCGGGGCCUGAGGAGUUGGGCCGCUGAGGCAGUUGGAGGAGUGUGUAGGUUCUGCCGCCGGGCUGCUGCGGAGCCCCUGCCGCCGGUCUGUCCCGGUCUCCGCGUCCCGCGUGCUGCAGGCUGCCCGCUGAGCUGCGGCGAGGCCUGACGGACGCGCCUGCCGGCACGCCGGGCUCGACGCUUCCCUUCGCCUGCACUUCUUCCUGCCUCAGCGCGGUGCCGGCUGGGCAGGCGGGAUGGCGGCCGCGGCCCGGGGGAGCGGCCGGGCCCCGACGCGACGGCUGCUCGUGCUCUUGCUGCUUCCGUUGCUCUGGGCCCCGGUCGGGGUCCGCGCCGGCCCCGAGGAAGACCUGAGCCACCGGAACCAGGAGCCACCGGCGCCCGUCCAGCAGCUGCAGCCGCAGCCCGCGGCAGUGCAGGGCCUCGAGCCGGCCCGGGCCGAGAAAGGAUUGACACCAGCAGCCCCAGUUCAUACCAACAGAGAAGAUACAGCUGCCCAAACGAAUCUGGGAUUUAUCCAUGCGUUUGUUGCUGCCAUAUCAGUUAUCAUAGUGUCCGAACUCGGUGACAAGACGUUUUUCAUAGCUGCUAUCAUGGCGAUGCGCUAUAACCGGCUGACUGUGCUGGCUGGUGCCAUGCUUGCUUUGGCCCUGAUGACAUGCUUGUCGGUUUUGUUUGGCUAUGCCACAACAGUCAUCCCCAGGGUGUAUACAUACUAUGUUUCAACUGCACUCUUUGCCAUCUUUGGCAUUAGAAUGCUUCGGGAAGGUUUGAAGAUGAGCCCAGAUGAGGGUCAGGAGGAGCUGGAAGAAGUGCAAGCAGAGUUAAAGAAGAAAGAUGAAGAAUUCCAACGAACCAAACUCUUAAAUGGGCCAGAUGUUGAAACUGGUACAAGCACAGCAAUACCUCAGAAAAAGUGGUUACAUUUUAUUUCACCCAUUUUCGUUCAAGCUCUCACAUUAACAUUCUUGGCAGAAUGGGGCGAUCGCUCUCAGCUCACUACCAUUGUUCUGGCAGCUAGAGAGGAUCCCUAUGGUGUAGCCGUGGGUGGCACCGUGGGACACUGCUUAUGUACUGGAUUGGCAGUAAUUGGAGGAAGGAUGAUAGCACAAAAAAUCUCUGUCAGAACUGUGACAAUCAUCGGAGGUAUCGUGUUUUUGGCGUUUGCAUUUUCUGCUCUGUUUAUAAGUCCAGAGUCUGGUUUUUAAAAAGCUAUUCAUCUGUAUUCAGCUUAAGAUAUGCAACUCUUUUUCUGUACAUAGUGUACAUUACAACUAAAAGUAAUGGAAAAUACUGUAUUUUGUAGCAUUAAUUUGUAAGUUUGACCCAUUUAAUUAUUAUGCCCAAAAGAUAAAAUCAUUGAUUUUAUUUGUAAAAAUUUUUUAAAAUAAGUUUGACUAGUAAGUGUGGCUUCCCUCUAGCCUAAUUAUGUUGACACCACUUCUGCUUGACAUACAUGUCCACUGAAGUGAGGCUGACCAUUGAGUUUUCAUAUAGCAUGACUACUUUAUAAACACAUUUUCUCCUUGGUCACUGGAGUGUUUAAUGUAUACCUUAAGCAUUUUCUUGGGGAAAAAGAAUGAAUUAUUUCUACUUUUAAAAACAUAUUCCUGAGCCAGUACAGUAAUCAGUAGUUUUAUCUUGUCUUUGGGAAUUAAGAUUAAACAGAGGAAUGAGUGUUACUGCUGUAUCAGUAACAAAUGAUAAGAGUUGCUGGCUAGAUCCGUUUUUCCUCUUAUUUUUUUUAAUUGGGUAGGAUACCCAAUAUAAAAAUAGUCAAUAUUUGACAACAUGGACUUACCAAAUUAAAAGAGAAUACUAUGAAUGUAUUCAUAUUUUUCUAUAUUGAAUAAGCAAUGUAACAAACAAUGUAAAUAAAAGUGGUAUAACUAGUA